CCACCAACAAUUUUUUUGACUGGACAGCUGGUGACCGUCUGCUAUUGAUCCACAUUUUUUCAAUUUUAUUUUUCAUUUUUGACUGUGCCAAAAACAACAGCAGAACUAGCCAAAUGGUUUUUCCGUCCCGUAUGACUGAGGAAGAGGAGAUGCUGCAAAAUAAAUAUGCCAAGAUACGGAAAAAGAAGAAAGUUUUACAACAGUUGAAAAAUAAUAAAAACAAACCUGCGCCUCUCACUCCACAACCAGGUACAAAAAGAGCCUUGCCAGAAACCAGCCAAGAAGAUGCCAAAGAGAUGGCUAAGAAAGUAUUAGCUGCUGAACAGGCCAAACAAGCCAAGCUAGAAGAGAACAAGAGCUCAGGGUUCAAGCGUUCACGUAAGAUGCAGCGCAGCCUUAAGGAGCCAGAGAAGGCACCGGACCUGCCCAUUUUCCAGCCUUUUGUGGGUCCAAACAGUGGCCCAUCCAGUGGGGAGGAGACGAGUCCAGGACCCAACAUGGACGGAAGGAAACUACACAAGAAGAAUUUAUAUGACAAUUUUGUAAGCAGUCGGAAACCAUCCCAAACAGACAUACCUGACGGCUCACAGGAAAGAAAGCGCGGAAAUACAGUGUACGUCCACGGUCGAGGAAUCUCCCACGAGCUGUGCGAUAAAGCGUUCAAGAAAUUUGGGACGAUUGCAAAUAUCAACAUGGAGCAGGAGAAGAGUUGUGCCUUCAUCACGUUUGAUAAUUUUGAGGCGGCCGACAAAGCCAUCAAUGAAAUGAACAACAAGAUGGUUUCGUCAACGGUUCUCCACGUGUCACUGGCACGACGACAACCAAACAUUCACAAGUACGCGAACAAUGACACCCAGACAGUUGGAAAGUCAACGUGGAGUGAUCUAGCACAAGGAGCCAUCAAAGGCAGCAGACACAAAGACAAAAGGGAGAAGAAGGUGUAUGACGAGGACAUCUUCUAAGGCAUAUUCAUCUGUCAACAUGAACUACUGAAUCUUUAACACAUCCGACGAUAGCCAUUGAAUAUAUAGUAGAAGACACACUCGGCAUCAUCCUCAAAUGAACUCACAAUACUUAGUAGACAUUAGUAUUUAUUCAGAUGAAUUUUCAACAAAGGAGCCAACAUUAGGUUACACAUAUUCAACAGACCGCAACUUGGUUGCAACCUCGCUACCAUGGAAGCUCUGAAAAACAAUAUUGAUUGCCUGAAGAAAAGUGACUGCUUAGCAUGCAAGCUUGUUAAAAUUGCUAUUCAAAAUGCAAGUAUUUUGACACAAUCCACUUCAAGUUAAUCAUGUUUUUAUACAGUCACCCUAAACUCAUAGAAGAAUGAGGGGCAGCAAUUGCUCUAUGAUUUCAAUGGGUUUUGGGGGCUGUGACCAUUUUGAGCAUUCAGGUAUUGUAGAUCAACCACCUAGCUUAUUGAAAUAUCCAAUAUAUUUGGAUAUUUCAAAGUCACACUUCCAAGGGGUUAUGAUUGAGCAAGGCAUUCAGGAAGAAAAACUGCGUGGUGAGAUUGUACACCACUGGGAUCAAGAAUUACUUGCUUAUGUGAUGUAGGAACGCUGUCUUAUAGUCUGAGGAGUUCAAAACUAAGUACUAGCUCACAACUUAACAAGUCAGUAUACCAGACGUUAUUCAAACUUAACAAUAAAAAUGGCUGCAUUGUUGAGAGAAAAGAUAAUGAGGUAGCACCAUAUCAUCUGACAGUUGAUACCCACCGUAUUCAGGCAGACUUUUAAAUCAUGGUUGAAAUUUCUUUUAAAUCUUUGCCUUCUCAAAGAUUAGUUAGAGGAUGUGUUAUGUUUUGUUGAACUGGAAAUAUGAGGAAUGUCAUGUUAUGUAAUGACAUGUGGAGCAAAUCACACAACACGUGUUGCAUUUCUGUAAAUACUUUAUGUAAAUAGUGUACAUACAGCAGUCAGUAAGAAUAAAAGCUUGCAACUCA